AUGUCAACUGCUGUCGUGAAGGUGGUAGAUCGUUUUGGCAACACCGCACUAGCCAGGACACUUCUGGAUUCGUGCUCGGAGUUUUGCUACAUGACCAGUAGCUUCUCCAAGAAGUUGAAGUUCCAGGCCAAGACGAAUUUUCUGAAGGUGCAAGGUAUCGGAAACAGCAGCUCAACCUCAACGAAAUCUGUGGAGGCGAACAUCGAACCAAGACACUCGUCAAUCUCCUCGUUCGGUGAACUGAUGCAGUUCCACGUUUUGCCGAAAAUCACCCAAGCGUUGCCGCUCAAACCUGUGCGGAUGGAUUUGCUGGAGAUUCCAUCCGAAAUAGUUCUAGCAGAUCCCACGUUCGGAGAGCCUGGUCCGAUAGACUUGAUCAUCGGGGCGGAGUUUUACUUCGAUCUACUGCAGACCGGAAGAAGAAAGCUGAGCGACAGCGGGCCAACGUUACAAGAAACAGUUUUUGGUUGGGUCGUGUCUGAAAGGAUUCCGGAAAUGGCAAGAUCGCUGCCCACAACAGCAAGCUACGUGUGUUCGACAGCGGACCUCCAGGAAAUGAUCGCUAGGUUCUGGGACUUGGAGACCUGUCAUGUCAACCGGACCCAUUCAGUGGAAGAAACAGCCUGUGAAGAAAUGUUCAAGCAAACAACGACUCGGGACGAAGAAGGCCGGUUUGUGGUAAGCCUGCCAAAGAAGGAGCACAUGCUGGAGCGGUUAGGAGAGUUCCGUGCAAUAGCCAUGAAGCGGUUCAUCGGCUUGGAGAAGCGGUUCGCCCUGAACGCCGAACUUAAGGAGUCCUACAAGGAGUUUAUCCAUGAAUAUCUCCUGAUGGGCCACAUGAAAGAAGUCGACGGAGAGCAAGCCAUCGGAGAUCCGGUGUACUACAUGCCGCAUCACGCGGUGUUGCGACCGGACAGCACAACAACAAAGUUGAGAGUCGUUUUUGACGCGUCGUGUCGGACUUCUAGCGGCAUCUCGCUCAACGACGCUUUGAUGGUGGGGCCGGUCGUUCAGAACGAUCUGAUAUCCACAAUUCUCCGAUUUCGUCAACACCGGAUCGCCGUCAUCGCCGAUGUAGCCAAAAUGUAUCGGAUGGUCCGGGUUCCAGAGAAAGAUCAACAUCUACAGCGCAUCCUUUGGAGAGACACACCGGAGGAAUCGGUGAAGACGUUUGAACUGCUGACGGUCACGUACGGCACUGCGAGUGCUCCGUAUCUGGCCACAAGGUGCCUGAAGAAGCUGGGAGAAGACAGUGGAUCUACGCAUCCGAUUGCAGCUCGGGUUGUCCAGGAGGACUUUUACGUCGACGAUAUGUUGUCAGGAGCGGACACCGUCCCCAAAGCACGGCAGCUGAUGAACGAAGUCAUCGAGCUGACAAACACGGCUGGUUUCACCCUGCGGAAGUGGAACUCAAACUCACCAGAGCUGCUUUCGACCUUGCCCAAGCAUCUACGAGAUGAGCGGUCAGUCCUGGAUCUAGACUCCUCAAGCGCAACGGUCAAGACUCUGGGGCUGCGAUGGGACACUCAGUCCGACGAUUUCUGCUUCGCUUUCCCCGAGUGGAGAUCCAAUUCCUCCUCCAUCACGAAGCGCAGUGUUCACUCCGACGCUGCUUGCUUCUUUGAUCCACUGGGCCUGGUUGGGCCAGUUGCAGUCCAAGCGAAAAUCUUCAUCCAGCGGCUGUGGCUGCUAAAAUGCGACUGGGAUGAUCCUCUCGAAGAGUCUCUGCAGGAAAUGUGGAUGGAAUACAAGCAGAACAUGGUCGCAUUGGAGUCCCUAUCGAUUCCUCGCUGGCUCGGCGUCAGCAACGACUGCACAGAAGUGCAGCUACACGGGUUCUGCGAUGCAUCGGAAGCUGCGUACGGAGCGUGCCUUUACUUACGUUGUACUGCGUCGGAUGGCACUGUCACUGUCCGGUUGAUCACCUCCAAAUCACGAGUGGCACCUUUGGAAAGCCUCCAGAGGAAAAAGAAGAAAAUGAGUAUCCCCCGCCUCGAGCUGUCCUCGGCACUUUUGCUGAGUCACCUGUACGAGAAGUACAGCCAGAUCCACCCGAACCUUCCAGCGUACUUCUGGACAUACUCGAUGAUUGUCAAGUGCUGGCUGGCUUCGCUACCCUCACGGUGGCAAAUCUUCGUAGCAAACCGCGUGUCGGAGAUCCAGCAUCUCACCAAGGAUGGAGUUUGGAACCAUGUCCCGGGCACCGAGAACCCGGCAGAUCUUAUCUCCCGUGGAAUGUCGCCAGCACACCUUCAGUAUCAAAAACUUUGGUUCGAAGGCCCGCAGUGGUUGGCUCAAGACCAACAGUUUUGGCCAGACGCAGGUGAUCCCCCUAAUGCAGUAUUUGAUUCGGCCAUGCUGGAAGAACGACCAACACCUGCAUUUCCAGCUCAAGCAGUACCUCCAAGCGAAAUCUUCGGAGAACGUUCGUCGUUCACGGAACUCGUUCGUAUCGUAGCACUGCUGCUUCGAUUUCGGCACAACUCGCAAAAAUGCAAUCGGCCGUCCAGGAAAACUGGUCCCUUGACGCUCGAGGAACAGGAACAGGCAACUAUCGCUCUAGUUCGCUUGUCCCAGCAGGAAUGCUACCCACAAGAGCUAAAAGAGCUAGCCAAAAGAGGAUCGGUUCACGACUCGUCCAAUAUCGCUGCGCUGCAUCCACAACUUUGUGACGGCGUGAUGCGCGUCGGCGGCCGGCUCUCUAAGGCAUCGAUAUCGUCCGAUCGCAAGCAUCCCUAUAUUCUACACCACAAGCACCCUUUCGCAACGAUGAUCGUACGGCACUUCCACUACAAGCUCUUUCACGCCGGUCAGCAGCUGCUGAUUUCGGCGGUCCGCGGAAAGUUCUGGCCAGUUCACAUCCACAGUUUGGCCAGGAAGGUGAUUCACGGAUGCAUCCCGUGCUUUCGCAGCAAGCCCAAGGUUUUGGACCAGUUGAUGGCUGAUCUUCCGUCAGCGAGAGUCAACCCUGCACCACCGUUCAUGAACGUCGGCGUGGACUACUGCGGUCCAUUCCAAGUCAACUACCCCAAUCGUCGAGCGAGUCCAGUGAAGUGCUACGUAGCGAUUUUUGUCUGCCUAGUAGUGAAGGCCGUCCAUCUGGAGCUGGUGAUGGACCUAACCACCCAAGCGUUCCUAGCAGCGCUGAAGCGGUUCGCAGCUCGUCGCGGCAAGCCCCAAUUGAUAAUGUGCGAUAACGCAACGACCUUCGUCGGAGCGAAACGGGAGCUAACCGAGCUGCAUCGACUGUUUCACGACCAGAAGUUCCAAGAGCAACUUAUCAAGGACACCAGUUCCGAUGGCAUCGAGUUCCGAUUCAUCCCUCCCCGCACGCCAAACUUCGGCGGCCUCUGGGAGGCGCAGGUCAAGUCCUUUAAAGGGCACUUCAAGAAGGCUGUUGGAACCAAGGUUUUGAAGGUGGACGAAAUGUUGACUGCACUGGCGCAGAUCGAAGCGGUCCUCAACUCACGUCCACUAACCCCAAUCAGCAGUGAUCCCAGCGAUUUCGAGGCUCUAACUCCAGGGCACUUCCUGGUUCAGCGACCACUAACUGCCAUCCCGGAGCCUGAUUUGCAGGAUCUUCCCACCAAUCGCCUGUCGAAGUGGGAGACUGCUCAGCAGGUGUCACAGCAGGUCUGGAGCAGGUGGUCCACACAAUACCUCUCGGAUCUCCACAACCGCACCAAGUGGACCAAACAGCGGAACAAUAUUCGUAUCGGCACGAUGGUCCUGCUCAAGGACGAGAAUGCCCCUCCUCUGAAGUGGCACUUAGGCAGGAUCGUCAAGGUGUUCGAAGGGUCGGACGGCAACAUUCGUGCACCACAGCGUUCGCUACCGUCUCUCAUCCGGAGGAAUCCAUGGUAACCCCUCCAACAGCCGUCGUCAACCGUUUGGCAGUGAGCUUGGCCAGCUCGCAUUGCCGAUCAGCGAAUCGAUGGCACGAAGUUACGAAGUCAAAGAAGAGUGGUCAUCCGACCGCAGAAGCACCUACGCCCGGCAGAGACUACCACCCAGGUUUACACUCUACGGAGGAUCCUCAGGCGCCGUUCUUGCCUGGGUAGGAAACCACCAACCAAACCAUCACCAAACGCACCACCACUACGAAGUACCGGAAGCAGCAAGGAAGUAAGCCAGCCAUCAACCGAUGGAGUGGCGCAAGGUCGUACCAGACGAUGACCCCGACCGAUCCAAAACGAAGCACCGUGAAGCCCAUUGAAGUCACUCCGAAGUCCCCGAAUCCAGUCAAGCCACCGUAGAAGAAGAAGAAGAAGCCAUCCCGUUGUGCACCCGGCACGGCAUUCCUGGAGAUAGCCCCACACUAGGAAGCGCACGUGAGCCCGAAGUCAACGUGUAUCGGCGCCAGAGGCGCA